AUGAUGCUACUCAGCCAGCCGGGCAUCUGGUUGCUGGUUUCUCUCUUUCUAUGCAGCUCAGUGAAUUCGAUUUCCUUGUGGAAGUCGCAUCCGUUGGUAGCGGGGUCGAAUGAACCGGAUCAGAAGAGACCGGACACUCCUAGCUCACCGCGGCCGCUUGGGAUUACAGGUGCUGCUUUGCUCAACUACUUUGAGCAGAAUCUUCGCACAAUGGAGGUGCCGGACACUGCCGGUGUACCACAAGACUCCGCAUACUACACGGCGCUUACACAUUAUUUGGGUCUCUGUGGCGCCCGCUCAGAAAAUUGUGACCCAGGCCAGUCCGCAGUGGCUAAAUUGACCCGUGAUGUGCCCGUAUUGACGCGUGUGCACUCACACAAUGACUACUGGCGGCGCGUUCCGUUACUACAGGCACUCGCCUACGGCGUGGCAAGCGUAGAAGCUGACGUGUGGCUCGAAAACAAUGGCACAACGUUGCUUGUGGGGCAUAAUCGGGUCUUCCUUGAGCCUGCGCACGACUUGGGGCGGCUAUACAUCGAGCCAAUAACGCGGAUGUUGCAGGAAGUCAAUUGCAAGUCCGAGAACAAAGGCGAUCCUUACGGAAUAUUCUACAAUGCGCCUGAGGAGCAGUUGUUGCUAUAUAUUGACUUCAAAUCUCUGGAUCGUAAGCUCACGUACAAACUCCUAUUGGACUACUUGAAACCGUUGAUCGACAACAAUUUCAUCAGCUACUAUGAUAUGGAUGCCAAAAGGUUUGUAUCGCGCCCAGUGACUGUCGUCCUCACAGGUAACUAUCCGUCCGAUGAAGAGAUUGGUGUACCAUCUCCACGCAGAUACACCUUUUUAGAUGCGCCACUAGGACGUCUCAGCUCCGUAGGGGACGAGUUCACUGCAAAUAACGUAUCGGUAGUGGCAUCUUCCUCUUUAUUGGAAUUGAUGCUCAGGUGUGGAAAGGCAUCGAAUCCCUCGCUGACCGAACAGACCGCCUGGGAGAGCUACGGGUGUCUCGUAGAAUACGUACGUGAAGCACAUCGCCGCGACCUUCGCGCCCGCAUAUGGGGUCUUCCAGAUUGGCCGGUGUCUACACGUGAGAACUUGUGGGAUAUGCUAACAGACAUGGGUGUAGAUUACUUAAAUGUCGAUGAUUUAGAUGCAGUGUCCAAGUUCUAG